AUGGCCACAAGUGCAAGCGGCGAAAAAUCAGAUCAUUUCAUAUUACGACUGACCGAUAUUGUUAAAGAGCCACUCAGAUUUCUACAACCCAUCGGCGGAUAUGAAGAAAUGCCACUUGUUUCGUUGGAAGUAGCAGUUGCGCCACUCGAAUCUUUUCUACCUGAUAUUCAAACGUAUGCUUGUAUGACGAAACAAGGGUGGCAAGAAUCAGCUGAUGGUCUCUCACUGGAUGAAUCAGCUGCAAUAAUGCUUUAUACAACAGUUUGGGAACCAUUCGAUGAGUGCUUGUAUGUCGCUCUGAAUGCAGCUCUUCGGUCAGGGCAAAGACCACUUCUCAAGCCGUGGUUUCUAUUUCUCAAACUCUUUUUAACUGCAUUUAAUCGUCUUCCAUAUACUUCACGUUGUAACGUUUAUCGAUGGACCGAGUUAGACUUACAAUUACAAUAUACGAAAGGAAAACCAGUGAUUUGGUGGGGUUUCUCAUCGUGCACUGCUUCAAUUGAGGCUUUUGAAUCCAAACGGGUUUUAGGCAAGUCAGGUCCGAAAACGCUAUUCGCCAUCGAAUGUUUUUCAGGGAAAGACAUUCGAAAACAUUCCUACAAUCCAUCCGACGACGAAAUACUACUCUGUCCUGGCACAUACUUCGAAGUGGUCUCAUGUAUUGACGCUAGGGCUGAUCUUCAUAUUAUUCAACUAAAAGAAACAAUGCCACCAUUUCCACUUUUGGCGCCAGUGGUACGUUUCGAAUCAAGUUUUUGUGCCCAAGCAAUGGCGCAACCUAUUAUUUGUGCGAGUUUACCGUCUAAACAAUCAACAAUCGCUCGAGCGCGUGGUUAUGAAAUCAUCCACAUAGAUUCUAAUGACCCGAACAAUGAAUCGAAUACAAAGUUAACGUAG